GACAGCUGGUGGCUAAGAAUCUUUGCUAUUUUUUUACACAAUUUACUGCACUGUCUGUGUUAGUGUUAUCCAGGGAGAAGAGAGAAAAAAAAACACCGUGUACAGCAGAAAUGGGUUGCUCACCAUCUAAAGGUAACAAUUUUGGCACUCUGGGUGCUAUGAGGAAGGGGAGAAUGCUACCCCCUGCACCUCAAGACAACCCCAGAGAUCCACAGUUUGAAGAUGGGGAAAAUCAUGUUUCAUCUGGAGCUACAAAUGGAGAUACAAAGGAAAAGAAGACAGGUGGACAAACCCAGGUACUUCAGAAAGAGUCACACAUGACACCACAGAAAAAGAGGCUUGAUACUGAGCAAGUGAAGAUGGAAGCAGUUAACAUAGAUAAGCUGGGGAAUCAAGCAACAGAAAAAAGCACAGUAUCACAGAGGAAAGAGAAACACAAUGACAAACAGGAUGUGGCAGACAAAAGGCUUAACAGGAAACCAAAGAAAAAUGCCAAAGGUGCAAAAGUUCUUAAAAAGAAGGACAAAGACAAACUAUCUGAAGAGCACAAAGUGGACUUUCCAGAACCCUUGGUAAAAGCUCACCAAGCUGCGUAUGCCUUUUUGAAUCCUAGCAUAAACAAAUAUGAUGUUUUGCUUGGACUCUUAGAACAAGCAGCUGAAACUCAGGUUUCUGUUCAGCCUAUGGUUGCCUUCAUGGCUCUACGUUACGAGGAAAUAAUUCAGGGACUAGAAGACAUGGUGGAGGAGGGAGAAAAUUUUUUAAAAGAAAAUGGCGAACAUCUUGCUUGGCCAAGCCAAAUGAAAAAUCUCUCAUCCUCUACCUCUCUGAAGUCUGGCUCUCCUAAUAUCGAACCCCCACCGGAUUUGUUGCAGCAGCUGCUUCAGUACACCACACAGAGAAUGAGAAAUGUGAACCAGACUGUUGGAAGAAUUGGGGACUGUGCUUUAGAAGAGGCAGUGGAGUAUUUUGCCUCCGUUUCAGAGCUUUUAGAGGAGAAACUUAAAGUCAAACGUGCAACAGAGAGUAGGUUAAUGCAACUCUUAUCCCACAUUGAAAUGGCCUCUCUGCACAAGCCUGGGCCAGAGGAUUCAGCUCUCUUUAGUGAGGACAGUGGAAUUGGGGCUGAGAAUGAAUCCCUUGCUGGAUCUGAGAGACGCCAAAGACGAGAGAGCUGUGAGUCUACCGGGACAAAUAGAGCUACUCCUGUCAGUCCUAUGCGAAGAGUGUCAAGGAGAAUGCUUCGGGGUCAAAUAAGUCCUAGUGUGUCCCUUACCUCACUCAACUCACUAGGUUCGACAUGUACCAUAAUGGCUAAUGACCAAAGAGACUCAUUGCUAGGAUCUGUCUCCACAGAGUACGGGGAAGAGGAUGUCAAUGAUAAUGAUGAGGUGGACAGAGAUAUAGGACAUAUCCAAGAAGCAGCUCAAAAGCAAUUUAAUUGUUCUCCUGUAGACUGUAAGCUACAAGAACCUCGACGUUUAUCCCCAAAGAGGAUAGAAAAUCCUCAAAAUGUAGAAAUGACUAUGAAAAUGAAAAAUGCAAUAAGUGGUAGGAUACAGUUUGUAUCGUCACAAAAUCCUAGUUCUAAAACAAAGGCAUCAGCGAGGACAAAAACUAGCACACAGGAUUGGACAGAUGAUGAGGUACAAUCUCCAAGGAGGCCUCAAACAGCAGCAGCUGUACGAAAAGUGAAAAAGACCCCAGUGAACAGGGGUCAGCGUUCCCGGUCAGCAGAAUCCCUUCGGAGCAAAGGGGAAGAUCCUACUCUUCUUGAACUAGAAAGGACCCAGAAAGAUUUAAACCGGAGAUUGCAGAGCAUAAAUAAAAGCAAAGAAGAAAGAAAAACAAGGACUGAUCCUUUAAAACGAAACCAAGGAAACUCACCAGCACAAUCUCCAGCAAUAAAUCAGAGACAGCCCUCAUUAGAAAAGAAAAACUACCCCCAACCACCUAAAGACAAGGCAAGUCCUACAAAGUCCAAUAGUAAAAAACAGGAGGCAACCAGUGAAGUUGAUGAUGAUAAACAAAAAGACAAGAAUAUACCCAAGGGUCUUAUAAAAGCCACUCCACCUCCUAGCCCCCCUUUAUCACCUCAACCAUCUUCUGGCCUUCACAGAGGUAGGAAUUCAGUCAAAAAACUGAUUGAUACAUUCAGUCAAGGAAUAGAGGAACUAGAAGGUCCUAAAGUCCUGGGGCCUCUCAAAGGAGUGCGAAAAUGUGGUGUUCCAGUGUUACCCGGUUUAGGAAAUGUAGAAGCCGUGCUGACUGCUGGGAUAACUAGCUGUAGGUCUGAAUCUACAACAUGUGAGAAAACAGAUUUAGACCUGGAUAAUCUUCCUCCACCAGCAAUGGAAGUAUUAUUGGACAAUUCCUUUGAAAGCGCUCAGAGUACAUCAACUAGUGUAGCAGCAGAUGGUGCAACAAAAGUAGGAAGAUCACCUUUGUUGAAAAGGGGUGUAAUAUCACAACGAUUGAAGGCCUCAGUUCAGUCAGUGACGGUACUGCCAAGCAAAGGAGGCUUGCCACAAACCUCCAAACACAUUUCCCCUGUUAGAGUGGAACAACAAGAGACAUUUCCUCUGUCUAAGGUCAAUCAACCAGAUUCGGAAAUCAAAAAGGAUUCCUUAUAUCAGCAACUCAGAAAGAACAUACAACUAAAACCCUCUUCAGACUUUCAGUCAGAGAAAUUGUCAACAAGUUAUGUAGGACCAUGUGCCACUCAAACAGAAUUGAGAGACAUACAAGAUGGUGGUAACAUUUCAGUGCCUGGAUCCAACACCACAGCAUCUUCUGUGCCUGCUUCAGUAGAGACUAGCCAAACACCUGCCACCCCACCUGUGUCUAGAGGGCGAAUGUUGCCUUUCACACCUUCUACUCCAAGCAGCUUACAUCGAAGACUUCCCAGUCCCCACAAUUUCAAAAAUCAGCCUACUCCACCCUCUUCAUCUAGCCCGUCUCUUAACAGAACACUUCCUACACCACCUGCUCUUCAGAGGAGACUCCCCAGCCCACCUGUUUCAAAGCAGAACAUUUCGAGCUCAAACUCAGUCGCUUCAUACCCUUUCAAAGCACCAUCUCCCCCAGCUUCGCCAAAAGUACAAAGAUGGUCAAGGGAAAAUAGCAGUGAAGACUCAUCAAGUGCCAGGACAAUUAGUAAUGCACGUUCAGUCUUCUGUCCCGUUUCUCCGUCCAUGUUUGAAGCCCAGCCUUGUUCAGUAAGCAAGCCCCCGCAAGCAUGGACCUCAACCAAAGUUUCAUUCCUCUUACAUACUUUUGAGACACGUGGGAGGACUCCUGCAUCUGUCCAUGGGCCACGACCCUUUAUCAGACGUAGCCAUUCAGACCGGAGGCAGAGUCUAAGUCUGCCACAACAAUCACAACGCAUCUCAGUGGCUGAGACUUGUGGGAGUGAACCAGCGAUAUAUUCACAGGGGCUAAACUAUGAACCAACCAGAGAUGAUGACUCAUGGGGUAGCCAAUCAGACCUCAGAACGACAACACGCUCUGCAUCACACCCAGACCUGUGUGUUGUUGGACGUGCCUUGCACAAGGACUAAAGGGGCCAAUGCAGAGCCAGGAGGAUUAUGGAUUAGCAGGCCUUACUGAGGAUUUAAGUCGAUGCUGUUUAUUCCACUUGGAAGAGAGGAAGAGCUAAUUCUAUCCACUCUUCUGCUGUAACACACCUCCACAGUGUUUAUAAUUAUAUGUAUUUCAGGCUUUAUUAGUUGUAAUUCUUUCAUUGGUGUUUUUCAUGUCUGCACUGUAUCUGAAAAAAAAAAACAUGCUCCUGAGCUUCAUGUUUACAUCACAAUUUAGUCUUCCUCUUUUUUUAUAGAUUGUCUUCCCACUAAUGACUAAGUUUUUGGUAUUUAAUCACAAAGUAU